AUGUCCUACCAAAUCGCCUACGACACUGCCCGCGCACCUCCUCGCGGCUCCGCCCUCGUCGCAUUUAUGGAAGACUUCUACCGCACCAGCGACACAGAGUCCUUGCACGAAAAAUAUGUCCAGAGCUUCACGGAUGAUGCAACCCUCAUUAUGGGCCCGAAAGAGGCGAAGGGUGCUAAUGAAAUCCUCCCCCUCCGCCAUGGUCUCUGGACGCACGUUACUGCGCGCCGACACACGCCGACGCGGAUCUUCUUCGGCGGCGAUGAUGAGCUUAUGUUGUAUGGAGGUGUGAACUAUAGACUCAAGGCUAACCCUGGCAAUGAGGUGUACGUGCCUUGGGCUGGACGGGUUGUCUUUGCGCCUCAGAAGGAGGGCGAGGAUAUUAAGAUGCAGUUUUAUCAGGUUUACUUGGAUACUGCAGCUCAAUCGGGCAAGAAAUAA